AGAGAGAGAGAGAGAGAGCGAUGGCAACUCUGGACUCCGACGUACCAAUGGUUCCGGCCGGCGAGCCUUCCAGCAGCGCGGGUCCUUCCUCCAAGAAGCCCAAGCGCUUCGAGAUCAAGAAAUGGAACGCUGUUGCUCUCUGGGCUUGGGAUAUAGUUGUUGAUAACUGCGCUAUUUGCCGGAACCAUAUCAUGGAUCUCUGCAUUGAGUGCCAGGCUAAUCAGGCUAGCGCCACUAGCGAGGAAUGCACUGUAGCGUGGGGAGUUUGCAACCAUGCUUUUCACUUCCAUUGCAUAAGCAGAUGGCUCAAGACCCGUCAAGUUUGCCCUCUAGAUAAUAGCGAGUGGGAGUUUCAGAAAUAUGGCCACUAGAACUUUGGUGCCGCCGAGCUACUCGCUGCUUGCCACGAGCGAGAUGACGGUUGUGGAUCCUUCUAAGGAAACAUUUAUAUCCCUGUCUGGCUAUUAUAUUUGCCUUGCUAAUUAUCUUUUGGAAGAAAACUUAUCCAGUAGAAUUUGAUCCACACAGACAGAGUAACAUGUAAAGUUUCACUUUAAUAUUGAGUAAUGUGUUCCAUGAUGAUUUGCUCAUCUUGGCAGUGUUUCCUGUUUGUAUUUUGCAAUCUACAAUACAAUCUGUUGCCUUGCUAACUGAGAAUUUCUUUUCCACCCUUUCAAGAUUGAAUUGUGAGUUGCUAUAUCCAGCUGAAUAAUUUUCCUACUUA